AUGCCAACAACUCAAACCGAGUCCUUGCUGCAAACGAGAUCUCCCGCUCCAUUCCAGGAUCCAAGCCCAAAUACUUUUACUCCCCACACAAUCCGGCUCAGUCGCACUAAUGCUCGAUCAUCCGCUGUACAUGAGGUAUCAGGGAUUCUCUCCCGUAGCAAUCCGUCUAGUUCGUCCAUCUUUCAAAAAUUCGGCCAGGGCGUCCUUGCCCCAGUGUUUCAGAGCACAGAGCUGGUUGGAGAAGUUACAGUUGGAAACCAGACGUUGAAGCUCAUUUUUGAUACUGGUUCAAGUGAUCUCUGGGUGCCGGGUGAGGAUUACCGCUGCGUCACAGCAAAUCUCACAGUUCAAAGCAACACGGUUUGCAAUUUUACUACCACACUCAAGGGCACAUAUUCAGGAGGCGAAAUACCCGACCAACACUUUGACAUCAACUAUGCUGGCGGUCAAUUUGUUGCCGGCACUUUGGGAUACGAGUCCAUAUCUGUGGCUGGUAUUACUAUCCCCGACCAGGAGAUUUCUAUUGCCAAUCUCAUCAACUUCCAAGCUCAAGGAGAAGUCGACGGCUUGGUCGGCCUGGCUUAUCCUCAAGUCACAACCGCGUUUCCUGGCAAUGAAACUCUCAUUGGUCAAGAUAGCCCUAACGCUACACUUCCGUACAACAACCUGUUUACAAACAUCUUCCGGAGAAACCUUACGGCACCUUUGUUUAGUAUCGCCAUGGAGCGUGGCAGUGGAGGAACUUUCGCCAUAGGAGGGCUGCCGUCGGUCCCGAUCAAGCCCAGUUUUGCCAGCACUCCUAUCUUGAUUGCCGACAUUGCAAAUUCUGGUAUCCCUGGUACAAGGACAAACUUUACCUACUACACUAUUGUUGUAGAAAACUAUGUCAUUGGUGAUUCUAAAAGGGACGAAGAAAGGGUUCCUGGGGCUGGUCUCUUUGCUAUUGUCGACAGCGGCACAUUCCUGACACGACUGGCACCAGCCGUGACUAAAGCCCUUUAUGAGAAAUUUGACGAGAAACCAGUCUCUCCUCCUGACACCCAAGGCGCUUAUCUUGUAUCCUGCAACGCUACUGCUCCUGAGUUUGGCAUCGAGAUCGCAGACCAGACAUUCUACAUGUCGCCAGAGGAUCUCAUCCUCCAGGAUAUGAGGCUUGAUGAUAUGUGUCUCCUUGGUGUGCAGCCUACAACUAACAAUACGCCGUCUAUUAUUGGUGCGACAUGGCUGCAUAAUGUACUGGCCGUGUUUGACGUUGGUGCUUCGCAAAUGCGAUUUGCUCCUCGGCUUCCGUACUAA